CAAUGACGUCCUGUGCUCAGUGUGUGUGUAUGUGCGCCCGCCCGCGUGCUCAUUUUGUAAUGUCAUACUAAAGGCAGUCAGACGGAGAGCACAAAACCAGCGAGACUAUACUGGAGUAACUGGACCACCAUCUCAAUAAAGGUCUCCGCUAUUCUGUGCUUGCUUCAUACUCUUUAAAGAACUUUCGAGAACAAAUGAUCAUGACAGAAUCAAUUCGGAAGAUGAUGAGGGCUAAGCUGGUGGUUUUUGGAAGGGAUAACUGUGGGAAGACCGCUCUCUGUGUCAGAUUCAUCACCAAGCGAUUUAUUGGAGAGUAUGAACAUAAAAGGGAGGUCACCUACAGGUGUCAGAAAAUCGUGGAUAAAGAGCCGAUUGAGCUGGAGAUUUUAGACACUAUUAAUAAGGAGUGUGUAGGUCCUGCCUCGUCCUCUCUGGAAAGUUCCAUUAAAUGGGGUGAUGGGUUUCUCAUAAUGUACUCAGUGACGGAUCGCAGCAGUUUUGAGGCAGUUUCACGCCUGAAGAAACUAAUUGAUCACAUUAAACAGACGCUUGGCAUUCCAACAGUCAUUGUAGCCAAUAAAUGUGACAUGGAGAAUGGACGAGAAGUAAGGACAGAUGAAGGACAGGCUUUGGCUUCAGAUCUCAGGUGCAGUUUUUUUGAGCUCUCUGUAGCAGAGGACACUUCAGCAGUGGAGGCUUCAUUCUGCCAGCUGGUGCGUGAAGUGCGUCAGGAGUUUCAGCGACAUCUGCUGGCUAUGGACAAGCGCUCACGUAUGCUGCAGAUGAGGCAUGUGCUCAAAAGCAAACUCACACGGAGUAAAACCAUGCAGUGGUGACCGGACUAAAUGCAGACGGACUUUCUGCAUUCACUAACACAGUGCCCAAAUCAAACAUCUUUCUAGACAAGAACAACAUGGAUGUAAUUAAUGCCUACUGGAUUUCCAAGUACAGUUAUUGACAGUUUUAUCUGCAUGUGCGCAGUUUAGAAAAGCAGCAAUUACAUUGUAGCAUUAUUUUUUAACUGUGCCAUGUAUCAUUUAUGUGCCAAAAAAGAGUCAGGUCCCAAAUAGGUAAACCUGUCCAAACAUAUGCUAAUGGAUGAUCACUGAAAAACAUUUAACUGGUACAGAUUAUAACAUUUACAAAUUACACACUUCGCCUUUAAGCUCCAUUGACCAUAUACUACUCAUUUACUUUCACUGUUAUUGGGAUACUGCUGUUAUUUUUGAUUGUACAUUUCUUUAAUAUAAACAUCCUUAUUUAAAUAGUUGUAAGCCACCCAGUUGUAAGGGUGGUAAGUCAUGCUGUAUAUAGUUUUUGUAGGUGCUAAGGUCAUUUUAACAGGCUUUGCAUACAUUGGGCAGAUGAUGUGCAUCAUGGCAGAUCUGUAUUAUAAUGUUUGGAUGCUCUUUCAGUCCAGUUUAACUCUCAAAUGCCAUACGAGAUUGAAAUGUCAAGAAGCAGCAGAACCAGUUUUAUAAUGUUAUUUUUAGAUUUGUCAUGUCUAGGCAGGCAAAAAGGUGAAGACAAAAUCCACUAAAAUGAGAGUAAAAUAUUUCUCCACAAUGUUUCAGGACAGUCUAUUAUAGACAAAUGUUUGUAUUGUUAAAUUUGUAUUGUGAAUAUAGCAUUUAAAUGACCAGUAGUAUACUGCUAAUACACUUCAGUCAGAUGUAAAUUGAACAAAAAAGGAACUAUUAAAUUUACAAUUUU